GAAAAAGCAGGUGAUGAAGAACAAUCAGGAGAGAAGCAAAGAAUUCAGCAGCCAUCUCUACGCUGACCUGCUAAACUGGCUUGUGACAGUAGGAUGUGAUAACCAUCAACAAGGUUAGAAGAAGAUAGCUGACUUCAAGAAAAGAACUAAGAAUGGAUAACCAGCAAGAAUCACAAACUCCACUUUCGAGAAGUGUUAUUUUCUAAUUAGUACCAAUUAACUUGGAAGUGAAAGGAAUUCAACAACGGCAAGCAACAUGUCAGCAUCUUUCCCCUGGUUAAAUCCGGACGCUCGCUUCAUCCAACACGAGCUGAGAGCCAUCCCCAGCAGGACCGGCCGCGCCCCGACCCUUCACAUAUUUCUCCGCCUGUGCCGGUCCGACUGAACCGCAAAGCUGCUUUCCACGUGGUCUGGUGCUGAAAAUUUCCGAUCAACUCCCAGGCGCUGGGCGCCCAAAUUUAAAAUUAUGGCGACCAACGGCGCAAAAACGCCCGACGGGCAAAUUUCCACCGAGCUGCACGACGCCCCCACCUCGAACGAUAAACCGAAAACGCUUGUGGUGAAGGUGCAAAAGACGAGAAAGAUUCCCGAGAGAGAGAAAUGGGGAGGAAAAUUUGACUUUCUGCUCUCCUGUGUUGGAUAUGCAAUAGGUCUGGGGAAUGUGUGGCGCUUUCCGUAUCUUUGUGGGAAGAACGGCGGAGGGGCCUUUCUCAUUCCCUAUUUCAUGACACUGAUCUUUGCUGGAAUGCCUAUCUUUCUGCUGGAAUGCUCCUUGGGUCAGUACACAUCAGUCGGUGGACUCGGUAUCUGGAGACUGGCGCCAAUGUUCAAAGGUGUGGGUCUCGCAGCCGCCGUCCUGUCUUUCUGGCUAAACAUCUACUAUGUCGUCAUAAUUGCUUGGGCCAUUUAUUACUUGUAUAAUUCUUUCACAUCAGAACUUCCUUGGCAAAGCUGUGGGAAUCCAUGGAACACGGAAAGAUGCUUUUCAAACUACAGUAUGUCCAAUUCAACCAAUCUCAGCAGCCCAAUUGUGGAGUUCUGGGAACGGAACAUGCACCAGUUAACGGACGGAUUGGACCAACCGGGGCAGAUCCGAGCGCCGCUUGCAAUAACACUGGCUAUCGCCUGGGUUCUUGUGUACUUCUGCAUCUGGAAGGGUGUCAGCUGGACGGGAAAGGUCGUUUACUUUUCGGCAAUCUACCCCUACGUCAUGCUUCUUACCUUGUUUUUCCGUGGAGUGACACUGCCCGGCGCUCGCGAAGGAAUCUUGUUCUACAUCACGCCCGAUUUCAGUCGCCUUUCAGACUCAGAGGUCUGGCUGGAUGCCGCCACGCAGAUAUUCUUCUCCUAUGGUCUGGGGCUCGGCUCACUGGUCGCACUCGGCAGCUACAACACAUUCCACAACAAUGUUUACAGAGACUCGAUCAUCGUCUGCUGUAUAAAUUCCACCACCAGUAUGUUCGCUGGUUUUGUCAUUUUCUCCAUCGUCGGCUUCAUGGCACAUGUGACAAAUAGGCCUAUCGCUGAUGUGGCUGCUUCAGGUCCUGGCCUGGCAUUUUUGGCAUACCCUGAGGCAGUGACACAAUUACCAAUAUCUCCAUUAUGGUCUAUUCUAUUCUUUUCCAUGUUACUUAUGCUGGGCAUUGACAGUCAGUUUUGCACUGUGGAAGGUUUUAUAACUGCCCUGGUGGAUGAGUUUCCCAAACUGUUACGAGGAAGAAGAGAAAUCUUCAUUGCUGCGGUCUGCAUUAUUUCUUACUUGAUAGGACUAUCUAACAUAACCCAGGGUGGUCUGUAUGUCUUUAAGCUUUUUGACUACUACUCUGCUAGUGGAAUGUCUUUGCUCUUUCUUGUUUUCUUUGAGACCAUCUCAAUAUCUUGGUGCUAUGGUGUGAACAGAUUCUUUGUUAACAUUGAAGAGAUGGUUGGCCAUAAACCUUGCCUAUGGUGGAAGCUUUGCUGGUCUUUCUUCACUCCAAUUAUCGUGGGGGGUGUAUUUCUCUUCAGUGCAAUUCAAAUGAAACCACUCACAAUGGGGAAUUAUGUUUUCCCCAAGUGGGGCCAAGGUGUGGGCUGGUUCAUGGCUCUGUCGUCCAUGAUGUUGAUUCCUGGCUACAUGGGUUACAUGUUCCUCACUUCAAAGGGCUCUUUAAAACAGACUCCAGGGCUGCAUUGGAAACUCAUGCAUCCCACUCCCUUUCAUGUUGUUUCAUUUCUUCUGCGCCUUCGACUCAUGACUCAACCAACUGAGGACAUGAAAUGUCGGGAGAAUGGACCCGAACAACCUGAGCAUGGCAAUACUCCAAGUGAUGAAGCAUAUAUGUAGAUUAUUUAUUAAGUAUACGAUACUAAUACUGCCCAGAAUAUAAAUCUUACAACGGUUGAUCGAGACCAAGGACUGUAGUUACAUUAUUGUGCACCUACCUCCUACCACAGAUAUGACCAAUAGUUAAAAAAAAGGCUAUAAACCUUUGUUGUUGGACAUCAAGUAAAACUCUUAACUAAACAAAAAUCAUUUCAGGUUUUGAUAACAAUGUAAUUUUGGCAAACAACCAUCAACAGAGGCAGACUGUUAGCAUUUUUAAACCAUGGUUUUCUCUUUUAAAGAGUGAGCACAAGCAUGAUGGGCCUCAUGGCUUCCUCCUGUGCUGCAUGGGGCUGAGAUUUCGUGAUCAUAUGGACGUGAUUAUAAUCACUGUCUUACUGUAUGCAUAUCAACAUAUUCAGUCUGUCAAGUUUAUAGCACUAAUCAAAAUUAUGGUUUUGCAAUAAAGCUAUAGAAUUUCCUCACCUACUCUUUAAUUGUCCAGCCAUACUUUCCAGGAGUCUACUUCUCUUUUCCAGCAACCCCUACACCCAUAAUGGAUCCUACAAUGGAUAGGAAUCCUCUGUGUACCUGUUGACCAUUUUUCAGCCCUUUGCCUGAGAAACACCAGUUUCUGCUCCACCCAAGCACUGUUGUCAAAUGCCAAUAUAGGGAUUCACUAUUUUUUAUCCUGUGACAGAAGGCAGAGUAUUGAUAUUAGAAGAAAGAAUAAAUGUAAAGAAAUUCUUUAUAUAGUUCAUAGAAUUUUAUAAUUUAAAUUACAGUGUUUAAGAUAGUCCCCUUCAAUACUGUUCCUUUGCUGUCUCUUGUGAGAAUGAGAAGCACUAAUUUAUCCACAAUUCACAACAUAAGUCAUGCAGACUGGAAUAAGGAGGAGGAUAGACUGGAGAAAAUUAGGAAUAGGAGGCAGAUGUAGAGGAACGGGAAUGUUAGUGAGUAGACAAGGAAGAAUGAGAUAUAGUUCAUGAAGAAUCAGAAGGGAUAAGAGAACAUACAGAUUGGAAGGUGGAUCAAUCACCUCUGUUUUCUUGAUCCUUGCUCCUAAAAUACUGGCAAAUGUUGAACAUUCUUUUCUCAGUCUCUAUGCUCAGAUAUCUCUGACUAUAUUAACACUUCAUUCAGAAGUUAAUUCAUUAGCUCUGAAACGUGGCUUCAACUAAGUAGAUCAUUAUGUUCUCUUUCAAACCGGUAUGGUCAAAAGACAAGCUAUUACAUCUUGGUUAGUUCAGUAUUUAAAUAUAUUUACAUAUUUGUAUAAACAUUUCAUUCACUAACCAUUACCUUCCAUUUCAUUUAGAAUAUAGAAAUAGUUGCAAAAAAUAUUUUGGAAUUGUUAUAUUUAUCAUUUCAGAUCUGGGAAUUAACAGUAUACUUUAUAACCCAGGGAGUGGUAAAUGAUUAUUGAUCUCAUAGCAUCAGGUAGCAGCAGAUCAAGGUAGUGCUUCAACAGUUUUCCACUUUGAGACAGACAUCAGCUUGUGUCUAUGGCAGCUAAGCAAUUGUGACAGGGAAACAGAACCACGGAAGAAAUUUUAACUAUAUUGUACAAUGUAUUCUAAAGGCAUAGAAAGUAUACGUGCAUUGAUUAAAUAUUGGUUGCUUUAAAAAAAUCUAUUACAACUAUAUCUGUCAAAAUGUUGUUGUAUAGCAAAUGUGUAAAAAAAAGUAUAAAUGUCUACUCUUAUUUAAUGUAGUUUUGUCAAAAAUAACAAUUCUUCCAUCAUAGACCUUAACACUGCAAUAACUCUUAACACAAAAACAUAAUUAAGGUGUUACUCUUUGAGCAUCAGCUAUGUAUUUAAUUUGUAUAAAAUACAUUCAAUAUAUAAUGUCUAGUAAAGAGAGUAUUGUUUUGUAGAUUUAUAAAUGUUAAAUUGAUCAAAUGUACAGUUUUCAACGUAUAUAUUACAUGGUGUAGUUAAGUUCUAAAUGGUGUUAUUGAUAAAAGGGCAUGAUUGUCAUAUAUAUGUUGUCAAAUUUUUGGAAAGCAAAUAAAAACUUUAUCUUACACCAUAC